AGCGCCUUUUGGACCGAACUCGACAGUAGUUGAUUGGCCGUUUCCUUUUCUUCUUCUUCUACCUCAGUUUCAAGCUUACAAUCACCUCAAUCGGAAACACUCCAGCCACACGUUACUUCAUCGAGAUGGCGCAAUCACGAAGUGCCGCUGCGAAGCAUCAAGGCCUUCACCUGAUCCACGUUGCUUAUCUCAGAGGCGAUGAGGAGACGGUUAUCAAGGAGCUCCGCCGUAAUCACCGCAGACUCUAUGAAAGAACCCGCGAUCGCAGCACACCCCUUAUGCUGGCAGCCCUCAUGGGCCACGACACAAUCGUGAAACUACUGCUGAAAGAAGGCGGUGUUCGCCUUCAGCGCAAGCCCAGAGCUGCCUACCAUAAAGCAGAAGACAGCCAGGGCCUGCGAGCGCUGGAUUAUGCCGAGGAAACACAAUUGAUGAAACGAAAACGAUUCCACUUCCUACGGCACAAUAUGGGUUCGGAACACCCUUUGGCAAUUGACCGUCGCGCAGAGAUCCGUCGAAUGCUGAGCAUGUUGCCGAGGGCUUUACUUCAGCUAAACAAUGCAGAACAUACUUCUAUAUUUAUUGGGAAGAGUGGCUCGAAGAUACUGACGUUCGCGUUGGUUGACGUCCAAGAGACUGGCCAAACUAUUGGCAAGCAAAAGACACCAGCUCUCAUCAAAGUACGCAGCGAGAAUUUGGCCCUCAAGUACACUCUCAGCGGAACCAAAUUCGACAACGGGGCCAAGAAACCUGAACCCGAGCACCAAGGCCGGUUCCUAGCUGGGCACUGUGAGCCACAAUUGUCUAGUUGGAGUGCCUUGGAAAGUGUUCGCGUUUUACAUAACAAGCCCAAAAACACGAGUAUUUCCUGGCUGGUGAAGCGACUUGGCACGCUUAGAGGCGCCAUCCUUGGCGACGCGCGUAACAUAGUUAUUCAGAUCGAUGACGCGCCAUACACGCCAGGGUCACAACGCAGAGAUGCAAUUCUCCCUGAAUUUCCGGAAAUGAAGUUUGUUCCACUUCAGCCAAAAGUCAAGGGCGCCGUAUUUGGAACAUACGAAGAAGAGUUGGAUCAGAUCGGUUUUGAUAACAAGGCCGUGGAACGGGUCGCGAAUAAGAUAAACCCCGAGCGUUGCAUGAACAUGGAACAGUCUGAGUCUGCCCAAGCGUUGAGCUCAAUCCUUUCCGGCCCUAAUUAUGCGACUGAGAGCCGAUAUCCAGAGGAGGACGACGAAUAUGAAUCAGACGCCACGAUGACCGAGGAAUAUCCAACGGAUGAUGCAUCCGCAAUGGCUGUUCCCGAGCUAGAGGAGGGCAUACCGCAGAACGCCAUCACCCAGCCUAAUAGGGAGCAGCAGCCUGGCAGUCUCCUCUUGGAUCGGUCGGAGGUGCGAACGCCGCAGCGUCCUAUCCGCUGCGAGAUGAACCAACUGUUCGACCGGAUCUCGAAAAGCGAAGAGGUGUCCAAACUGAAGCUUCAAGAGUUCCGGUUUCCGGGCUUCAUGUUCGAUGAUAGAUUAUAUGCCCAGCGCACGCUAUACCGGACCCCACUCUGUCGAAAAGCUUUGAAGGGCAAGGCUCAGUCGUAUCCGUACGAUUCGAGACGAUUCGUAGCCAAAUCUAAUUCUAUUGAGAAAAGGCAGUUUCACGGGAGUUUUGUAGACAACCACGAUGAGGUGCGACCACACAUUGGACGAAGAGCUUUUGCAUUUGAUUCAUUCAGCACACGAAAAGGGAUGGAUGAUAAUCAUGGAUUACACACAAGGGAGGGUCUCAAGGGCAAUUAUGGGCUGCAUGGAACGCGGAGGGGUGGUAUAUGCCGCAAUCUGUCUGGACUGCUCAUGGGAAGGAUGCUAGGAAGAAUUGUCCAGACAGAGGCACGCACGAAUCCUCAAUAAUUCAACUCUGUACAUUUAGUUGAUGCGUAAAUUGGAUUGACUUGCUCAUCGCUUGGGCUGGCUUUGUCAUCAGUCCCCCUGUUGACAGUGGAGAACAUCCCUACUUAAUGGGCGGCACCAGCUCAAUCGUGUGAAAGAAAAGUUGCAGAAAAUUAUAUAUUGGUCAAAUAUCUUGCGAAAUUUGCUUCGCAUACAGUACGAUACAGUGGGUUAGGAACAUAAAAAGUGGUCCGUUCAGGUCGU